AAAAAAAUCAACAUCCACAACUUUUUUCCUAACCGCGCCAAAGACUACUCACUAAACCGCCAAACUGUUCUCCUCGGCCUUUCGAAGGGCUGCAACCCCUCUCCGCGCAUCCAUAAGCAUUCCGUUCGCAGCUGUAGCUUCAUUUCCGCAGAAGAAAUCAGCUACUGUAACUUCUUCCUUCGCCUCCAGGGUCACACAAAAGCGCAAUAUGCACUCAAAACUCGUCAUCAUCGGGUCUGGCCCGGCUGGCCAUACAGCCGCCAUCUAUGCUGCUCGCGCUGAUCUGAACCCUGUCAUGUACGAAGGUUUCAUGGCCAACGACAUCGCUGCCGGAGGUCAAUUGACGACCACCGAUGAGGUCGAGAACUUCCCAGGCUUCAUGAACAUACAAGGAGGCAAGCUCAUGGACGAAAUGCGAAAACAGUCCGAAGCCUGCGGCACCAAAAUCGAGUCCCUCACUGUCGGCAAAGUCGACCUCUCCCAGCGCCCAUUCCGCUACUGGCUACACCCCAUGGGCGAGAACGAGGCCCUAGAAGAGGAGGAGCACACAGCAGACGCCAUAAUCAUCGCCACAGGCGCCAAAGCACGGCGCCUGAACCUCGAAGGCGAGGAGACAUUCUGGAACGCGGGCGUCAGCGCAUGUGCCGUCUGCGACGGCUCCCUCCCGCUAUUCAGAAACAAGCCGCUGGUCGUGAUCGGCGGCGGUGACAGUGCCGUCGAGGAGUCAAUCUACCUGACCAAGCGCGCAAGCAAGGUCACCGUACUGGUGCGCAGGGACCAGCUGCGUGCGAGCAAGGCGAACGCGCGGAGGCUGAGCACGCAUCCGAAGGUGGAGAUCAAGUACAACACGCAGGCGAAGGUGAUCAAGGGCGGCAAGACGAUGGGCUCGCUGGUAGUCGUCAACAACAAGACGAACAAGGAGGAGGAGAUUCAGGCGAACGGACUGUUUUACGCCGUGGGACACGACCCGGCGACUGCUCUGUUCAAGGGCCAGCUCGAGAUGGACGAGGACGGGUAUUUGGUCACCACUCCUGGUACCGGGCUGACCAGUGUCGAGGGCGUGUUUGCGGCUGGAGAUGUGCAGGAUAAGAAGUACAGACAGGCUGUCACGUCGGCGGGAUCUGGUUGCAUUGCGGCACUAGAGGCGGAGAAGUGGCUUGCGGAGCAAGAGCAAGCAGAGGAACCUACGGCUAACGGCACUGGAGCAAACACCGAUAUGGAGAAGGAGAACCAGGCUGAAAAGUCGUCCAAGAACAAUGUUGUGCCCGAGUAUCGGUCCAACCCGCUACUAUAGAGCUAGACUUGGCACGGGAGAACUGUUUCCCCAAAAUUUCAUCUGGAUAUAGAACCCCACAUAUCAGCGCGCUAUGCAUGGAGAGGUAGUCUGUUCUAUGAAAUUCCAGUUGCAGAAGUGAGAAUUCGAAGAAGAAGAAGAUAGAUAGAUUGGAGAGAUAAUUGUGAUGCAUUGUUCAUACUGAUGUUGAGGCAUAACGGUCAUCGAUCACAAAAUAAGAUACAUGUGACUUUCAUGGUGUGGUCUGAUACAUAGUCUCAAAUCACAUACAUAGAGCUGCUAAUAU